AUGCUUCGAAUAGCCACACGCUCCUUCAGAACUUCAGCCAGACUCGCUAAUAAAGGCCCGCUCAUCCACGAAAACGGCCUUUACUAUGGUAAGUUCACCAAGGAAGAAUACGAAAAGGCUAAGCUGUACGUGACGACUCAGUACGAGAAGCUUGAAAAAGAGAUCAAGGGCACGGAAAACGUCAGAGAGAACGUCGGCAAGAUGCCCCAGUUUCCGUCUAAGGCCCCUGCAAAGGGUGUUACCAAUUUGCUGGACUUUUUCCAGGAGAUGAUCAAAACUACUGGUCCUAUUCCCUUAUCGGCUUAUAUGAGACAAUGUCUUACGCAUCCUGACUUUGGUUACUAUACGACAAGAAACCCGCUAGAUGUUAAGGGAGGUGAUUUCAUCACUUCGCCUGAAAUCUCCUCUGUGUUUGGCGAGAUGAUUGGUAUUUGGCUUUACUCAGUGUGGACUACCCAAGGUUCACCUAAGAAGAUCAGAGUGGCAGAGUUUGGCCCUGGUAAGGGUACUUUAAUGCAUGACGUUGUCGUUGUUUUUAAUAAGUUUGUUAAGAAGAGCGGGGCUCCUGUGGAUAUAGAGAUUGUUUUGGUUGAAGCAUCCCAUGUUCUUCGUAAAGAGCAGCAUAAGCUCUUGUGCAACGAAGAUGCCCUUUAUGAAACCACCGAACAAGGCUUCAACAAAUCCGUUUCCAAGUGGAAUAACAAGGUCACUUGGGUCGACACAGAGAAGGAUAUCGUUGAAUCGCCUGACGUUGCAAACUACGUUUUGGCCCAUGAGUUCUUCGAUGCUUUGCCAAUUAAAUCAUUCACAAAAACAGAGCAUGGAUGGAGAGAACACGUUGUGGAACACACGCUGUCGGUGGUCAACACGCAGCCAAAGCUUGAAGCUUCAGAGUCUGGUCUGGCUACGGCACCAGAAAAGGAUGUUCCAGAAGAAUUGCAAACUGACUUCCACCUCACAGUUGCACCUAAAGAAACACCCUCUUCGGCUAUCCCAAAGUUGAGUCUGCGCUACAGAGACUUACCUGUUGGCCUGAGGGUGGAAAUCUGUUCUGACGCAGAACUCUACCUUAAGCAUAUUUGCAACUUGGUCAAUGCCUAUGGUAAAGACCUGAACCGUGCUGGUGCUGCUUUGAUCAUCGACUACGGCCCAGCAAAUGAAGUACCCUCUAACUCUUUGAGAGGUAUCUACCAGCAUAAGUUUGUUUCUCCUUUCUACAAGCCUGGUGACGUUGAUCUUUCUAUCGAUGUGGACUUUGCCAACCUUAAGGAUUUGGCACAGGCUCAUGUUGACGUAUUUGGACCUUCAGAACAAGGCGACUGGCUCCAUGAGAUUGGUGUUGGCUACCGCUUUGACCAGCUUAUAAAGUCUGCUAAUCUGAUGGCCAACAAGGAGCUGAUUUACGAUUCGUACCUCAGAUUGACAUCCAAGGACGAGAAAGGCAUGGGCAAGAUCUACAAGUUCCUAGGAUUCUUGCCCAAGGAAUCCAAAAAGCCCAUUGGAUUUGGUAUAUAG